AUGGCAUCCCCACGCGAGGAGAGCGUGUACAUGGCCAAGCUGGCCGAGCAGGCCGAGCGCUACGAAGAGAUGGUGGAGUUCAUGGAUAAAGUGGUCGCGGCGUCGGAUGGCGGCGAGGAAUUGACGGUGGAGGAGCGUAACCUCCUAUCUGUGGCCUACAAGAACGUUAUUGGUGCUCGCAGGGCUUCUUGGAGGAUCAUAUCGUCGAUCGAACAGAAGGAGGAGAGCCGCGGCAACGAGAGCCACGUUUCCGCCAUCAAGGGUUACAGAUCUAAGAUCGAGUCAGAGCUCUCAAACAUCUGUGAUGGGAUUUUGAAACUUCUCGACACAAAACUCAUCGGAUCCGCCUCCAGUGGUGACUCCAAGGUCUUCUACUUGAAGAUGAAGGGUGAUUAUCACCGCUACUUGGCGGAGUUUAAGACUGGUGCCGAGCGGAAAGAAGCCGCCGAAAACACUCUUUCUGCUUACAAAUCGGCUCAGGAGAUUGCAAGUGCCGAGCUUGCCCCAACGCAUCCAAUCCGGCUUGGACUAGCACUCAAUUUCUCAGUCUUUUACUAUGAGAUUUUGAAUUCUCCUGAUCGUGCUUGUAAUCUUGCCAAACAGGCUUUUGACGAGGCAAUUGCGGAAUUGGACACCCUUGGAGAGGAGUCUUACAAGGAUAGCACUCUGAUCAUGCAGCUUCUCCGUGAUAACCUCACUUUGUGGACUUCUGAUAUGCAGGAUGAUGGUUCUGAGGAGAUCAAGGAAGCACCAAAGCUGGAUAAUGAGUAG